AUGGGCAAUUCAAUCUCUUACACCACUUCAGAGUGUCGUGUCAACCUCCCAAAUAAUGGAUCUCUCAAAGGUCUUCAGUUCGAUUCCAAGUCCCGUCGCUUCGCAGGCGUUCCAUACGCUCAACCUCCCGUCGGGAGUAUACGAUGGCGAAAACCUCAGCCUUUCCCAAAAACACAUCAAUACGAAUCUUUAGAUGGUUCGCCUUUUGAUGCGACGCAUUUUGGACCUGUCUGUCCCCAGGCGAAUUACUCCAAGAACGUUAGCGAGCAUAUCCCCAAACAUGCAUACAGCGAGGACUGUCUAAGACUCAAUAUCUGGACGCCUAUGCCUGAUCCGAACGAGCCGGAUAAGAAAUGGCCUGUUAUGGUCUGGUUCCAUGGCGGUUGGUUCCAGGUUGGAGAUCCAAGUCAGGAAGAGAGUAUGGAUCCUUCUGAGCUCAUAUCAACUGGCGGAUUACAAGCUGUGUUUGUAGCCGUUGGUUAUAGACUCAACGUCUUUGGCUUUCUUGCUGGCAAGUCUCUCUUGGAAGAAUCCAGUGGCGAGGCUGUCGGAAACUAUGGUCUUUGGGAUCAGCGUCUCGCUAUGGACUGGGUAUACGAGAAUAUCGCUGCCUUUGGAGGCGAUCCUGAAAACAUCAUACUGGCUGGACGAAGUGCAGGAGCUUACUCUGUUCUUGCACAAGCACUCUAUGACUUCCGAGGUAAAGAGUCGCAUGGUCGUUUUACAAGAAUGAUCAUGUACUCCAAUGCCAUUCCGACACAACCCAAGACUGUUCAAGACUGCGAAGAGCAGUUCGAUGAGCUCUGCGAGUACUUCGGUAUACCAGCGGACAUCAGCGGCGCAGAGAGACUGUGCAACCUGCGAAGUAUCAGCGCCGAUGAUCUCUCUGCCGCGAUCAUGGAGCUGAAGAACCAUACCUUCCGUCCCGUCACGGAUGAUCUGUUCAUUCACUCAGGUAUCUUCGACUACUAUCGUGACGGGUCAUUUGCGCGUGAGUUCAAGAAACGUGGACUCAAGCUCUUCAUCGGCGAAGUCCUUGAUGAAGAUACCCUCUACGCCGUCACAAACCCUCCUGAUCCCGACAUCUCAUCCCUUCAGAUGCAAAUAUCCAACUAUUACCCUCCCCACGUCACCGACCGUCUCCUCAAGCAUUAUUCCCUUCCACAGACCAAAGACAAGAAAGCAUGGCAGCAGAUCUUUGGACGCAUCAUUGCCGAUGGCCAAGUCAGAGCUCCAUCGCGAUACCUGGUCGAUAAUCUGGUGCGCAAUGGCGUUGACAUCAAGAGUGUUUGGAGAUAUCUCAUCGCAUAUCGCUUGUCGUUCAUAACGAAUGAUGUUGCUCCAGCCUCGUUUGGUGUGAGCCAUGCUAUGGAUAGGCCUAUAUGGAAUUACUCUAUUACUCAUGGGCCAACGCCCGCGGAGAGAGAGCUUAUGGAUGCAUGGAUAAGGGAUCUCAGGGCUUUCGUUAAGGACGAAGAGGGGUAUAUUAUAAAGUCAUGCAACCGCAAGGAACAAUUGCGAUUGAACGAGAUGGACGAUGGGAAGAGCUUCUACAGGUCAUGGAUAUCUUUAGCGCAUGAUAGACCUCUGUUGCCUAGCAGAAAUCUCAGUCACAUCAACCCGGAACUCAAGACUAGCUUCAAAGCUAUGAGUCAAUUUCAGGACAAUAUCUAUCCACGGUGGGGAUCAUUAGCCAUUGAGCAGUACCUGCUUAAAAAAUGGGACUCAACUUCAACCCUAUCCGUAUGUCAACAGCGAGAUCAGUUGAUUCAAGCCUUUCUCUACGAGGAUGACGUCUCAGGUUUCGUAUCUUCAACUCUGGAUGCCACCUCAAGUCACGCACAAGAAUUGAUCCAGACAGCCAUUGCUCCGUGGCGAUCACAACACCUUCGUCGCAUAGCAGAGAAAUACCUGCCUGGUAACGACUUAUACGGCAAGUUGGUUGUCUUGCGUACACACUAUGGCGGAGUCAGUGACGAUGUAAAGUUUCGUCACUGGAUUUACGACGCAGCAGCUGCUUUUGCAGAAGAUAAUCCCCUAGGCGAUCUAUUCGGAGAUUCCGAAGAUCACUGGUGGCGGAUCCUUGACGACGCUUCGCUCUUCGAUACUGGUGAUCAGGACUGGGAAAGCAUAUACAACAGAUUUCCGGAACUCGCUUCACCAGAAGUCUGCCGUACCUUCAGUGAUGGAGAUGUAGCAGAGGUCAAAGAAGAAGUCUCAGCCGUCGUCACUUCACGAGAACCCGAAGAGGACGACUAUGAGGAUGCUAUAGCCCAUGCUGCAAUUUCGGGCUGUUGGUUACUGGUGUUUGAUCGAGAGUCAUUUGAGGAUGAAGAAAUGCUUCUCGUGUUUCGAGACAAGAUGGGCAAUGUUGUCAGGCAAUCGUCUAUCAAACCAGAGGAUUUGGAACACAUUCCUCACUACAUCAUGUGUGGAUCCAUCACCGAAUCAGGAUUUUGGCGUGAUGCAGAGAUUGGGAAGGAGUACAAAGGGAAAGGGAAGAUCAUGCGAGAGAUUUUACCCAGGGUUAUGGCGGAAGCUGAGUAGUGUCACUAUGAUUUCAUGUAAUAUGUAGCGGUAAAAAGGUCUAU